AUGGAAUUUGGCCGGACGUUUGCCAACUCUGUUAACGCCACUGAUAAGUUUAUGACUACUGUUCCCGAGCACUGGUCAAUGGCAGAAGCGGCCACUAUUUUGAGUACUUAUAGUACUGUUCACUACGGGCUCAUAAAAAAGGCUAACCUUAAAAAAGCCGAAAGUAUUCUAAUACACUCUGCGGCCGGAGGUGUGGGUCAGGCGGCUAUCAAUGUCUGUAAACAUUAUAAAUGCAAUAUCUAUGCGACGGUUGGGACGGAAGAAAAGAAACAGUUUUUGAUAAAUAAAUACAAUAUACCGGAGAAUAAGAUAUUCAACUCAAGAGAUAUACUCUUCAAGAAUCAGAUAAUAAAAGCAACGGAAGGAAAGGGAGUCGACGUUGUGUUGAAUUCGCUGACGGGUGAAAAACUAAGCGCCGGUUUUGAUUGUCUGGCGAUUAGCGGCCGGUUUGUAGAGAUUGGAAAAUAUGAUAUGAUUCAAAACAAACAGUUAGGAAUGUAUGGCUUUGUUGGUGACAUUGAAUUUAUUGGUGUUGCCGUUGAUGCUGUUAUGAUGAAUGAUCAUGGUUAUUUUCAAGAGUUUAGUAAAUGGUUGCACAAAAACUCGAUGAAUCGUUGCGUAAACCCUUUAGAUUACACAUGCUUUUUGGCAAAAGACGCGGACAAAGCUUUCAAAUACAUGACAAGCGGUAAACACAUCGGAAAAAUUGUUAUCAAACUUAGAGACGAAGAGAAGGAAAGAAAGUCAUUUAUGAAAAUAAAAUCGGUUCUCAAUCGUGUGGUAACCGUUAAAACCUACUUUAACCCAAACAAAGUCUAUAUUAUAACCGGAGGUUUGGGUGGUUUUGGUCUGGAAUUAAUUCCAUGGAUGCAAUAUUCCGGCGCCCGAAAGUUUGUGGUAACCUCGCGAUCA